UUUGCAGGACGCGCUUCCGGUUUGUGACGUGUAACGGGAAGGGUCGCUUCCUGCCGGGGACUGAGACCGAUAGAGCGGCUACCUGAAAGGAUAGGAGGGCGAGCUGGUGUGAGACUGAGUUAGUGACUCGCAGCAGUGAGAGGAUUUAGGAUUGUUAGUAAAUACUCUGACUAUAUCUCUACACACCCCCUGCCUUAGGCCAAGUCACCAUGAGGUUAUACAGUUUGAGUAUACUUUAUAAAGGGGAUUACAAGGUCCAUCUGCUGAAAAGUGCCUAUGAUUUGUCCUCCUUCAGUUUCUUCCAAAGAUCCAGUGUCCAGGAAUUUAUGACUUUCACCAGUCAGUUAAUAGUGGAGCGGUCACAGAAAGGAAGUCGAUCAUCUGUGAAAGAGCAAGAAUAUUUGUGCCAUGUCUAUGUAAGAAACGACUGUCUAGCUGGGGUGGUUAUUGCUGAUACAGAAUACCCUCAAAGAGUCUGCUUCACCCUGUUGGAGAAGGUGCUUGAAGAGUUCUCCACCCAGGUUGACAGAAUAGACUGGCCAUCUGGCUCUCCCUCAACCAUCCAAUAUGAUGCUUUGGAAUCUUACCUCAGCAAGUAUCAGAACCCUCGGGACGCAGAUCCAAUGAGCAAAGUGCAAGCUGAGCUAGAUGAGACCAAAAUUAUACUGCACAACACCAUGGAGUCAUUAUUACAACGUGGAGAGAAGCUAGAUGACUUGGUCAGUAAAUCUGAGGUGCUGGGAACACAAUCCAAAGCCUUCUACAAAACUGCACGGAAACAAAACUCCUGCUGUGAGAUCAUGUGAUGCAAGUGCAGUGAAAAAGCUGAUUGAAGGAAAUGAACAAACACUAUAAUGUCAGGGGUGGAGCAGAUGUUCAGAUACAACUAGACUUCUUCUUCUCCACCUUUAAAUAGACCGGGGUGCAGUUAGAAGCCCUACUGCCCUGGGUCAGUUUAUUCACUCCAAUGACAAUGAGAGGGGUCUUUUAACAUUGUGUGAUGCGUGUUAUAUUUUUAUUAAAAGACCCAUCCUUCACAAGGUUAAACCCCAACCAUCCAUCGCAGGCCCAGGGAGAUAAUAUGGAAUAAUCUGAUUACUUCUGAUUCCAUGGGAACAUUCCAUUUUUUGAUGUAAGCUAGCAGAGUAUCUUUGUACACUGAUAAUGAACACGGUUUGCUAUUUAGGUCAAGCUGAUUAUCAAUAUACUGAUAAAUAACUGUGUGGCGAUGCAGAGCAUCCACAUGCAAUUAUGAUCUCAUUGUGGCACUCAUCAAUACUAAAGUUUAUAGUAAUCCCUUCUCUGCCAGAGGGGUAAGAUGUUGCAAGCUACCCUGGAUGCAAUGGAGCUCUAGCCUAACAGUAGUUAGAAAGGCAGGACCGAUCGAUUCUUUCCUGGAAUGUUCUGAUGAAGGAACGUUUAAAUUCAGUCUGCAAGAAAAAAACUUGGACUCCAAAAAUUAACCCUUUUUACUCCUUAUGCAGAAGAGUUUAAUUAUUCUGUUACCACUUCAGCACAUCACAGGUCUCUAUUCAUCUCUGAAACUGGAUCUGCCAGCAAAGAAAGGAUUAAUUCUGCACCCAGAUCCUGUAUAGAUAAGUUAUUGUAUUUCAGUGUUUUAAUUCUAUGGUUCCCAUUCUCUAGUAAAAAAAAAUUUCUUUCUGCAUUCUUUACCAUGACAUUGUAUUUUAUUAAAGAUCAUCUGAACUUUUCUGUACAAAAACAUGCUAAUUAAAUAUGAAAUAGAAUCUGCAAAUGUU